AUGGCGGAGCAAAACGAUGUCGUCUCGAAAAAGCAGCCAAAGCGUAACAUGUAUGCUCUGCUGAUCUCUAUCAUGGCUUCAAUGACGUCAAUCCUCCUAGGAUAUGAUACUGGUGUUAUGAGCGGUGCCACGCUGUACAUAAAGCGCGAUCUAAAGGUCUCGGACGAGCAAAUCGAGAUACUCGUGGGGACAAUCAACAUCUACUCGUUGCUCGGGUCAGCCAUGGCCGGAAAAACCUCCGAUUGGAUGGGCCGCCGGUUCACAAUCGUGGUGGCGUCGGUAGUUUUUUUUGCCGGAGCCGCCAUUAUGGGGUUUUCGAAUAGCUAUGGUGUGCUGAUGGCGGGCCGGUUCGUGGCCGGGCUUGGGGUCGGGUACGCGCUCAUGAUUGCACCGGUUUAUGCGGCUGAGGUGGCGCCGGCGUCGUCCCGUGGCUUCUUGACUUCCUUCCCGGAGGUCUUCAUCAAUUUCGGUGUUCUUUUGGGGUACUUGUCGAACGUCGCGUUCGCCAAGCUUCCCUUGAAAUUAGGCUGGCGCAUUAUGCUGGGCAUUGGCGCAAUCCCUCCAAUCUUCAUUGGCCUCGCCGUUAUCAUCAUGCCUGAGUCCCCCCGUUGGCUCGUCAUGCAGGGUCGAUUGGGCGACGCCAAACGGGUCCUCGAGCGCACGUCUGAUUCCCUCGAGGAAGCUCAUUUGCGUCUAGAAGACAUCAAGGAGGCAGCCGGCUUGCCCAAGGACAUCGAAGGCGAAACCGUCCAAGUCCCCAAACGCACGGGCCAGAAGGGCAAAAACGUGUGGAAGCAAUUGUUCGUCCACCCGACCCGACCCGUGCUCCACAUCACCAUUGCGGCCCUCGGCCUUCAGUUUUUCCAGCAGGCGAGCGGAAUCGACGCAGUCGUGAUGUACAGCCCGAGGAUCUACGAGAAGGCGGGAAUCACGAGCGACGACAAGAAGCUCCUGGCGACGAUAGCAGUCGGUGUUUGCAAGACGGUCUUCAUCCUAAUCACCACCUUCAUGGUCGACAAAAUCGGGCGCCGAGUGCUCCUCCUCACGAGCUGCGGGGGACUGUUUAUGUCGAUGGCGACCCUUGCGACUGGCCUAACUUGUAUCGAGCGCUUCGGAGCGGAGAAGCUCGGGUGGGUUGUGGUCGUGUGCGUGCUGAUGACGUACUCGUCGGUGGCCUUUUUCUCGAUGGGGAUGGGCCCGAUCGCGUGGGUCUACAGCUCGGAGGUUUUCCCGCUGCAGCUCAGGGCACAGGGGUGCGGGUUGGGUGUGGCGAUCAACCGGGCGACGAGCGGGGUGAUACUAAUGACGUUUUUGUCCCUCUACAAGGCGAUCACGAUUGGUGGGGCGUUCUUUUUGUUUAGCGGGAUAGCGGCGGUUACGUGGUUGUUUUUCUUCACGCUAUUGCCGGAGACGAGGGGGAGGAGCUUGGAGGACAUGGAGGCAUUGUUCGGCACGUUUUUCCGGUGGAGGACUACGAUGAAGGAGCUUAAGGAGAAGGAAGAAGGGGAGAAGAUUUCCCCUGCAUAA